AUGAAGUGCUGUGGCUCACUGGCCUACGAAGGCAGGAAGGAGAUGGAUACGAGAGGGUUUGAGAAGGGACAGUCAGAGGUGGAGGAAAGAGAGCAUGAUGAAAAAGAGAUCCUGAAAGAUGUAGAAAUGACUGUGGACCAAGAAACGCAGUUCCCUUUAUACCCAGCAAAUUUUCACAUUAAAAACGAGGACGAUUCCAGAGCAGGGGAUGUGGGUCGAAGUCAGGAAGCACAGAAAGAAGGCAGUGAAGGACAUGAGGGGAACAACCCGAGCAGCCCAACUGCAUCAGAGGAGUGGGACGGCCCGAGAGAGCUGGAGAUGGUGCGCAUCGGAACAGAAAAAGGCGUUCGUUCCCGUCAGGUGCUUCCUCCAGGCACCACAUGGGGGCCGUUCUCUGGGAAAAUAGAAAGAUCCACCAGAGGAAAUGAUGUCGUACCGUUGGUUCUGACUGGAGGUCCACAGUGGCUGAAGAAUGUGACGUGGGUCAGCACAGAGGACUUGAAGAGUAACUGUGUGGUUUAUAGUAAAGGAGGACAUGUGUGGUGCUCGACCACGAGAAGUGUUAUCGAGGGAGAAGAACUCGCAGUGUGCGUGGUGGACGUUUCGUCAAGACUCUCGUCCAUCCAGCUCCUUCCUCAACAAGCUGCCAUAGCGUCUGUUCUCCCCAACAGUGAGAUUAACAAAGAUAUUUACCCCUGUAAGACAUGUGGGAUCUGGUUCAGGAGUGAGAGGAACCUCCAAGCUCACCUCAUGUACUACUGCAGUGGACGGCCGAGGGAAACCGAGCUGGCUUCAGAGAAACAGACCAACACGAACCAUCAGAUGCCCCGUACCUGCACUUACCCACAAUGCAACAUGAGCUUCCUGGGUCCACAGGCUCUCAAAAUGCACCUGUCCACACAUUCUGCUUUCAAGACUGAUGAGACAUCUCCUGGAAGCAGUCUGAAAUGCACAAUUUGUGACUACACUGCUGACACACUGAUGGUCCUUCAGCCCCACAUCCUCACUCACCUGUCUCAAACAGGACUCCGGUGCAGUCAGUGCCACUUCACCUUCCAGACACCUCAAGAUCUAUCAAAACACCAGGAGAUUCACAGACAUAAUGGUCUGGAGAGCAAAUCUAUGAAAGAGAAUCAGACCGAGCCCUUAGAGUCUCUUGGUGUUGCAAGUCCGAAAGCUCAUAAAAGCAUUGUGGAAAGUCCAGUUCAUCAAAAUAUGGAGCAAGAGAAGAGCGAACAAGUGCAGGGAGCUAGCAAGGCUGAAGUCGGGCCUGGAAUCAAAGCGGGUUUUUCAUCCAGUAGAGUAAAAUCAGAGCCAUCCAGCCCUCGUUUGGCUUCUUCUCCGAUCCAGAAUCAUAUGACCCCAGCAUUUCCCGUGCCACCCUUCCUGUCUCCUGUGCCAUUCUCACAGGAUAUACCCGCAGUCCCACAGGCUUCCGAAAUACUGGCUAAAAUGUCAGAGCUGGUCCAUCGCAGGCUACGUCACGGAGGCACCAGUUUCCCCCCGGUUAUGUAUGGUGCACUGGUUCCAAAAGGAGCAAUGUGCUUCGAAUGCAACAUUACAUUUAGCAACCUUGAUAAUUAUUUAGUGCACAAGAAGCAUUACUGUAACGGUCGCUGGCAACACAUGAGCAAAUCUCAUGAUUACGGCAUUUUGGACAAAGCCGCAGUGAGUCCGAAAGCUGGGGGUGGCUUAGCUAGCAUCCUGAAUGCUGGCCACCAGUUUGAGGUUAAACCUCAUAAUCCCACUCAGUUCAACACAUCUCUAAUUGAUCCUUUCAGUGCAGGAGGAAAAGCAAGUGAGGAAUUUCCACUGAGUGGUAAAAAAGCGUCACCGCCAUGCGAUGCGGAGGAACAACCAAACAACAUCAUGUUAGAUUCAAAGAGUCCAAAAGCAUCAGAGAGUGAGCUGGACCACAAUCAAAAAACGUGUGAGGCGUGUAAGAUCACGUUCAGUCGGCAUGAGACCUACAUGGUGCACAAGCAGUACUAUUGUGCCUCCCGUCACGAUCCGCCUGCAAAACGAGCAUUGAACAACAAACACAUCCAGAAAUCAUUUCGUACCCGAAAGAGAAGAAAGAUGCCAAGUCCUGAUCCCGUGGUGUCUCAAUCCUGUCCUAUCAGUAGUUCCUAUAUGUCCCAGGAUACAGUAGAGAGUCUUAAGGAUGUGCUUCAUCAACGGUACAACAUGAUCCAGGGUUUGUUUCCAAAGCAUCCUGAACCUUCUUUGACAGUCACAAAAUCAGCUCUUGCAUCAAAGUGUAAUGCAAUAGCUCAAGAGGAAGGUGAUGCGCCGAUAGAUCUGAGUAAAAAAUGCACAACACAGUUUGGACAAGUUUCAGGAAUCCUGGACUACCACGAAUGCACAAUGUGUAAAAUUAGCUUCAACAAAGUCGAGGACUACCUGAGCCACAAACAGAACUUCUGCCCAGGUGCCCAGGUCAUGGAGAACAAAACACCAAACAUAAAGGAAGAAGGUUCCAGUAAUGGAAAUGCCCCAGAUAGUUUCAGUACUGAGCAUUCAGUUCAAAGUGUCAGUACUUCUAUGUCUGCUGAAAAGCAGCCGUCUGUAAAGGAUGAAGACAACAUGAUGAAUUUUGAUAACUAUCCCGGUGGUGCUAAGAAAAUCAGACCAGAUGAACAGAUCUGGCCAUACUAUGAGAUUAAACCUGCUGACUAUGCCACAGGGGUUUUUGCUCCACAAAAUGAGAGGAGGCAAAGCCCAAACGAGGGCACUGAAGGUGAAAAAGAGCAACCAAUGCCAGACGGCAGCCAUGUUGGCUCUGAAAAUGUGGACAACCCAAAAAUAAAGUUAUUAAACUCCAGUCUCCUGGGUGAUGACAAUCCAGGAAACGAGUCUUGCAGCACAUCAACCUCAAAUGUCCCCUUCACGGCUUGUACUCCAGAUCAAGAAGGAGCCACAAAACCUAGAGAGAGUAUCUCUUCUUCACCAGCCUUCAAAAUGGAGGAGAUCUCAAGCUUGAAAGGGAGUUCAGGUGGAUCGCUCUCGGCAGCACUUAACAGUAAAUACUGCUGUCCCUGUGAUAUCCAGUUCAACAACUUGUCAAACUUUAUAACUCACAAAAAGUUUUAUUGCUCGGCUCAUGCUACCGAGCAUGUUAAAUGA